AUGGUGUCUUGUGUUGCAGCCGGUAAGAAACAACAACAAGUGCUACUUGCCACGGCUUUAGUCAAGGCUAUUUGUAGGAAUGGUAAUGAGUACAGCAUUCGGGCGCUCCUAGACCAGGGGUCGCAGGCUUCAUUUGUAACCGAAUCUACGGUACAAUAUUUGGGUUUAAAGAAAACUGUUUUCACCAGUCAGAUAGCAGGGCUGGGAGGAAAUAAGGCAAUAGUUUCUAAGACUAUGGUCACAAUGGAAAUAAAGUCUCGGUACAAACCAGAUUUUAAAAUUUUAAUAAAAGCACACGUGUUAAAGAAUAUAACCUCUCUCUUGUCAACUAGAAGAGUGGAAGCCAAAGAAUGGCAGGAACUUGAAGGUUUAAUGCUAGCUGAUCCGGAAUACUUUAACUCAAAUCAUAUCGAUCUUCUCUUGGGUGCGGACGUAUAUGGGGUAAUUCUGCAGGAGGGUAUGAAGAAAAAUCCUGAAGGAACGCUGAUAGCACAAGCAACCAGUCUCGGCUGGAUUCUGUCCGGUACUGUAAGCUGCAACAUCAAGCCCUCAUCUCGUAUAAGUGUAAUGCAUUGCUGCGAAAGUGAGGAUUUAUUGAAGAAAUUUUGGGAACUUGAAUCAGAUGUUCCGAAACAAAAAUCCAGCAUGUUUACAGAGGAAGAAAGGCUUUGCGAACAACUUUUCACUCAGACCACCAAAAGAGAUCCCAAUGGGCGGUAUAUAGUUCGGCUGCCUUUCAAAAAUGGUUAUCCCGAAGUCACAGGAUCUAGAGACAUAGCCGAAAAACGUCUUAAAUCGCUAGAAGUCAAGUUCAGCAAGGACCCGAUUCUGAAAACAAAAUAUCAGGAGGUAAUAAGUGAAUAUCUUAAGCUGGAUCACAUGGAAGAAGUACCACCAGAAGAUAUAAAUAAUCCUAAGGCUAUAUACUUACCACAUCACGCCGUUAUCAGAAAUGAUAAAGAAACUACGAAGGUCAGAAUUGUUUAUGAUGCCUCCUGCAAAGGAAAAAACAACCUAUCACUCAAUGAUCAGUUGUUGGUUGGACCUACCUUACAGCCAGAGUUGCGGCAUAUAAUCAUGCAGUGGAGGUGUUCACCAAUUUGUAUGUCAGCUGACAUCGUAAAGAUGUAUCGGCAGGUUAAAGUGGAAAGGCAAGAUGCAGAUUGUCAGAGAAUACUGUGGAGAAAUAAUAAAAACGAGCCUAUAAAAUAUUAUAGGCAUACUCGAGUUACUUUUGGCACAUCUUCUGCUCCAUAUCUAGCAGUAAAGGCUCUUCAACAAGUUGCUCGUGAUCAUAGUACUGAUUAUCCAUUGGCAGUUGAAAGAGUGUUCAACAAUUUUUAUGUAGAUGAUUUUAUGACAGGAGUUCAAACCUGCGAAGAAGGUAAACAAGUAUUUGUGGAAAUGAACGAACUAUUGGGAAAAGCAGGGUUUUCAUUACAAAAGUGGAAUAGCAAUGAUGAUAGCCUAGUAAUGGAGAUGAAUCAAAAGGAAAAUAGGGAAAAGGAUAUAAAGGAAGAAAUAAAAAUAAAAGAAAAUGAAAUAACAAAAAUUUUGGGACUUACUUGGAACCGCAGUGAUGACAUCUUCCGCUACGCAGUAAGCCUUCCUCAUUUGCAGCAACCUGUAACGAAAAGAAAAAUUAUAUCUGAUAUUUCACGACUCUACGAUCCACUUGGGUGGGUAGGGCCAAGCAUUAUCAUAGCAAAGGUAAUGAUACAAAAGCUGUGGUUGGCAGGAUUGGAUUGGGAUGAGGAAAUUCCAGAAAAUUUAUUACAAGAAUGGUUAACUUACCGUGAAGAACAGAUUUUAUUAGGCAAUAUUCGCUUACCAAGAUGGGUGGGGAUAAAGUCAAAUGAUAAUCUAGUUGAAUUACACGGAUUUUGCGACGCAUCCAAAACAGCAUAUGCAGCAGCAGUGUAUAUCCGUGUAAUUGACUCUGAAGGAAAGGUCAACACGUCUUUGGUUACUGCUAAAACAAAGGUGGCACCAGUAAAGCAGGUCUCAAUACCUCGUUUAGAAUUAUGUGGAGCUGUUUUGCUUACAAGGUUGAUAAUCGAAGUUGCAAGAGUCAUGAAAAUUGAAAAACACAAUCUUCAUGCGUGGACUGACUCCACAAUUGUACUUGCGUGGCUAAAUAGUCACCCAAGCAGAUGGAAUGUUUUUGUAGCAAAUCGAGUGUCGGAAAUAUUAAGUAGCUUAGAUCCGCAGACGUGGUGUCAUGUGACUUCGAAGGAAAAUCCAGCUGAUUAUGCAUCUCGAGGAAUUAAACCAUCUGAUCUGGUGAAUAAUGAGUUAUGGUUUCAUGGGCCGAAAUUCAUUUCUUGUGAACCCAUUAUUUAUCAUAAACCAAAAGAUUUUGAAACUGAAUUAGAAACUGUAAAAGUGCAUCAUGCUACUGAAGAGAACUUGGGCUGGACUAAGUUUUCGUCCCUUACCAGAACAAUCAGAGUAGUCGCUUAUUGUAGGCGAUUUAUAAAUAACUCCAAGGCAUCAAAUUAUAAAUUAAAUACGUCAUAUCUGACAGCUAAAGAACUAAAAGAAGCUUUAAAAAUAUGCAUUAUAACAUGUCAAAUCAGCAAUUUUAAUAAAGAAAUAAGCAUUAUAAGAGAGAAAAAGAACUUACCUAAGAACUGCAAAAUCCGAAUGUUGAACCCAUUUCUGGACAACGAGGGCAUAUUAAGAGUGGGAGGAAGGCUGAAAUUUUCGUCGUUAACUUUCGACAGGAAACACCCUAUCUUAAUUCCAAAGGAGUCUCAUUUGGCGCAACUUAUAAUAGCAGACGCUCAUAGACAGACGCUGCAUGCGUUUCUACAAGCAUUCAAGAGAUUCGUGGCAAGACGUGGCCAGUGUACGCAUCUAUGGAGUGAUAACGGAACGAACUUUACUGGAGCGUCAAUCGAGUUAAAGAAAUGUGGCAUAUUUGAGAAAAAACAUAUGGGAGAAGUCGCUGAAUCAUUAGCACACAAUAACUGCGAAUGGCAUUUUAUACCGCCUCACUCACCUAACUUUGGAGGACUGUGGGAGGCCGGUAUUAAAUCGGUAAAAUAUCACCUAAAACGAGUUAUUGGGAACUCAACAUUAACUUUUGAAGAAAUGAUAACAGUGUUAACACAAGUGGAGGCGUGUCUUAAUUCUCGACCAAUGUCAAGUAUCAGCGACGAUGUUAAUGAUUUUGAAGUGCUAACACCUGGACAUUUUCUAAUCGGAGAACCUUUAUUGACUGCACCGGAUUACAAUUUCGAAGAACUAUCUAUAAGCAGUCUGAGAAGAUGGCAACACACUCAAAGAAUGUUGCAAACCUUUUGGCGAAAGUGGUCAAAAGAGUAUUUAAAUCGGUUCUUACAACGCUAUAAAUGGGCUGUUAAUAACAAUCCUCAAACUAAUAUCGGGGACAUCGUUAUAAUAAAGGAGGAUAAUUUACCUCCAUGUCGCUGGCUCUAUGGUAGAGUCAUAGCUACUCAUUCUGGUGCAGACAAUAUUGUCAGAGUAGUUAGGCUUAAAACUAAAAAUGGAAUAUUAAAAAGACCAAUAUCUAAGUUGUGUUUCUUGCCUGUAACAAAGAACUAA